UUGUUUUAUGUUUUUUUUUUCACCCACGUGGUGACUUUACCGGAUAGAACCAGAGAGUGUGGACCCCCUUCCCCAACACAUCCCGCCCCUUCUCCCCACGGGGUUCCCUCCCCAGGUCGCCUGGCAACAGAGCGAGCUCGUACGAUUGCUACGCGAUCCGCCCGCGUUGUCAUCGUCAUCGUCAUCGUCGUCAUCGUCGCCGGGCGAGGUGACGCUGACGCUCAAGAAGAGGGGCCCACGCCGGAGGGCCUCGCCUGACGGGCCGUGGGCGGGGCUCGGGACUGGCGGCGGACGGGGAAACGGCGGCACGGACCUCAUCAGCGCUCCGUCUCCGCGGGCAGCUCACCCCUCCGGCACUCCGCUGCACCACCGUCCCUCCGCUCCGGCGCGGGGCACUGAUCCUCUACGAAGCAACAAGGUGACAUUGAAGCCUCAGCCAAGUCCACCACAGCCGAGUCCGGGGCUUGCGAGGAGUGGUCGCCGCGUGUCGUGCGCCCUGCUGGGCCCUGGCCACUGCCGUGGGUGGCUGUGUGUGUGUCUGUGUGUGUGUCUGUGUGUGUGUAUGUGUAUAUGUAUCUGUGUGUGUCCAGCGAGGAGUGGUCGCCGCGUGUCGUGCGCCCUGCUGGGCCCUGGCCACUGCCGUGGGUGGCUGUGGCGGCAGCGGCCCCGAGGGGAGGCGGCCGCGGGGUUCUCCCUGGGGCCUCCCAAGUGGGGCCGCGUCUGGGCCCUGCUGCAAGGCCCUCGCCUCUACUGGUUCCACGCCGCGUCCGCGGAGAAGGCCGAGGGCUAUCUCAACGUCACAGGGUUCAGGGUGGAUGCCUCAGGGACAUACCGCAAACACCACACGUUCCGGGUGUUUCACGAUCACAAGCCCACGUUCCACUUCGCUGCUGAGACUUUCGAAGACAUGACCAGGUGGAUGAACCUACUAGGUCUGGCUGCUAUUGGCUACAGUGAUGACAAUCUGGAUCCUGAAGAUUUCUAUAGCGAGAGUGAUGAUGGUGGUGACUCCUCAUCCACUGGAUCUCAAGACAUCACCAUCACCAGGGCUCCAUCGGCUGACUCACGCCAGCUCUACCCCUCCACCGAGACGCUGGUGCUGCCUCCGUCCCCUGCGGAAGGCACCCCCCCACGGAACGUCGGGACAACGGCGGAGGCGGACAAAGACGGCUUUGUGGAUCUGUACCGUGAGCUGAGCCGGGCUGCGUUGUCUCCGCUCGGAGUCCCCCGGCCCACCUCCCGCGUCGACUUCCGCCGCUCCUUCGUGCAGCGCUGCCGCCACCCGCGGCUCAACGAGCGACUCCACCGCCUGAGGGCGCUGCACAGCACCCUCAAGGACCGCGAGGGAGAGAUGGCGGCCAUUGACGCACUGCUGCUGGGUGGUGGCGGCAACGCAGCCACCACCACCGCCUCCACCGCCUCCACCGCCUCCACGGCCUCCACGGCCUCCACCGCCUCCACGGCCUCCACGGCCUCCACGUUCCGCGCCUGGAAGGAGCAGAACAAUCUCCUCCUGCUGGAGAUCCUGCGCCGGGAGGCAGCCAACAGCACCGACGCUGUACCACCACCGCUGGUACCAUCGCCGCCGUAA